AUGAGAUCAGCUUUCUUCCAACCCCUCCUACCCCGCCAUAACUUCUGCUCCCCGGCCUUAAGAACUUUCUCCCUCCCUCAACGCAUUGCUGCUACGAACACCUUUGCGACUCCUCGAUUCUAUUCACAGCCCACCAAAAUGCCUAACACCAGAGUUUUCUUCGACAUUGCCUGGAAGGGCCCCGUCUUCAAGGACGGCCGUCCUACCCCCGAGAUCAAGGAGCAGACCGGUCGCAUCAACUUCACCCUCUAUGACGAUGUUGUCCCCAAGACCGCUGAGAACUUCCGUGCUCUUUGCACCGGCGAGAAGGGCUUCGGCUACCAGGGCUCUUCUUUCCACCGAAUCAUCCCCAACUUCAUGCUCCAGGGCGGUGACUUCACCCGCGGUAACGGCACUGGCGGCAAGUCCAUCUACGGUGAGAAGUUUGCCGAUGAGAACUUCCAGCUGAAGCACGACCGCCCCGGUCUGCUGUCCAUGGCCAACGCCGGCCCCAACACCAACGGCUCUCAGUUCUUCAUCACCACCGUCGUCACCUCUUGGUUGAACGGCCGCCACGUCGUCUUCGGCGAGGUCGCUGACCAGGAGUCCAUGGCCAUUGUUGCUGCCCUCGAGGCCACCGGCCGUGAUGACGGCAAGGUCAAGUACGAGCCCCGCCCUACCAUCACCGCCAGCGGUGUCCUGUAA